CAAGAUAGAGAAAGAUUCACUCGCUGCUGUUGUGAACUAUCAGUAUAGCAUAUGUAUCAGUGAAAGGUCUUGUCGGCUGUGGCGUGUUCUCUGCAGGACUGAAGGGUAACUGGACUUGUUGAUGUUGAGUUGGCGUUUUGGAUGAAGAGCCGAAGAGAGUCCAGGCAUUGUAACCAAAAAGAUUUAAACUCAAGUGCCGUUACAGGGUGCCAUGACUGUACGCAGAGUGAAUGUGGUUAUACUUGUGCUGCUUGUCAUCGCCUUUUUAAUUAUAUUACACCGAAACCUGCUGAAUCUCAAUGAUUUCCUCAAGCAAGAGAAUUCAGACACGGCGCCUGGGGUGGUCCUGCCCUUCGAGACUGACUUCCUGUCAGAUCAUAAGGUCGUCCGGUCGGGAGAUGAGAUUCCAGUGGUCAUCACCGCUCCAGAGGAGAGACUGGGAGCUGCCGUCACCGCCAUGAACAGCAUCCACCGCAACAGCAAAGCCAAUGUAGUAUUCAAUGUAGUGACGCUAAACGAGUCGGUCGUCCAUCUUAGAACGUGGUUGAGUAAGACUGACAUGAAACACAAAAUCAUUAUAUUUGAUCCGAAGAUCCUCGCAGGAAAGAUUUCUAACGAUGCUCAGACGCCGGAGGCCAUGAAGCCGUUGAACUUUGCCAGAUUCUUCUUGCCGGCGUUUUUGCCGGAUACGGAGAAAGUUAUUUACCUGGAUGACGACGUAAUUGUACAAGGGGACAUUCGGGAGCUUUUCGACACUAGUAUAAAGUCGGGACAUGCGGCAGCUUUUUCAGAGGACUGUGACUCUGCGUCCUCUAAAGGCAUCGUCAGAGGAGCUGGAAAUCAGAACAGCUAUAUUGGUUUUCUGGACUUCAAAAAAGAGGCCAUCAAGAAGCUUGGAAUGAGAGCGAACACGUGCUCGUUCAAUCCUGGAGUCUUUGUGGCCAAUUUAACUGAGUGGAAGCAGCAGAAUAUCACCAGCCAGCUUGAGUUAUGGAUGGAGCGUAACGCCAAGGAGGACCUAUACAGCAAGACUUUAGCUGACAGCAUCACAACACCGCCUAUGCUCAUUGUAUUCUACAAGCACCACUCCAACAUUGAUCCAAUGUGGCAUGUCCGGCACCUUGGGGUGACAGGAACUGGGAAUCGGUAUUCACCUCAGUUUGUGAAGGCUGCCAAACUACUCCAUUGGAAUGGACAUUAUAAGCCAUGGGGAAGAGCCUCGUCUUUUUCUGACAUUUGGGACAAAUGGUACAUUCCAGAUCCCACAGGUAAAUUCCACCCAAUACGGAGACCCGCAGAAGAAAAAUAAACCGUUUUAGGCUACAUGGAGAAG